AGCAGUGUGCUGCAGACUGACGGGCUCGUCGACCUUGUUCCCUCUGCUCAUUGUGGAGGUGGAAGCACGACUGUCUUCAAUCUCCUGACCUGCCUGUGUUCACUGCUCCAAGUGGGGGAGACGACGACAGCACUUUUUUUCUGAGUGGCUGCCGACAAACACUUCUCCGGGGGACACCUGCUGUCAGGACAAUGAGGCUCCCCACACUGAUGCCCUCUUUGGGGCUCAUGACCUGCACACUGGUGCUAAUGUUGCCGCUGUUAGCGUCCUGUCAUCCAGCACGGACCUCAGGACAGCCCAGCCUGGUGUUCAUGGAGCAGUUUAGCCGUCCACGCCUCGGAUUUAAUUGGAGAAAUAUCACCUGCCCCCUGUGCAAAGCAGUCUUCACCAUCCUUGAUAUCGCCCUUCUGAGUGAUACAAAUGAAGAGCGAGUGGCACGUGCAGUAGGUGAGGCAUGUAUCCGUCUCCAUCUGGCUGAUGAGCUGGUGUGUCGAGAAAUAACAGAGCUGUUCAGGGAUGACUUCAUCCGGGCCCUGCAGGAGUCCCUGCUGUGGCCCAGUGAAGCGUGCGCCCUGCUGGUGGGGCCUUCCUGUGGCAAAUUUGACAUCUAUGCACCCUGGAACAUUACCUUGCCAAAAGUCCCUAAGCCCCCUGUUGCACCACCCUCUCCUCCCAAACCUGGCUCUCCACAGAGCAGGAUCCUGUUUUUAACUGACAUCCACUGGGACAAGGAGUAUGAAGCCGGCAGCGCUGCAGACUGCAAGGACCCUCUGUGUUGUCGUAAAGACUCAGGCUCUCCCAGCUGGAGGCGGAGAGAGGCUGGGUACUGGGGAACCUACAGUAAGUGUGACCUGCCUCUGCGUACAGUGGAGAACCUCCUGGAAAAUGCUGCCAGAACCGGACCCUGGGACUGGGUCUACUGGACCGGAGAUAUACCAGCACACAAUGUUUGGUCUCAGACCAGGAAACAACAGCUGUCAGAGCUUACAGUCAUCUCCAGGCUCAUCCACAAGCACCUGGGACCUAAUGUGACAGUUUACCCUGCCGUAGGAAACCAUGAGAGUACGCCAGUAAACAGCUUCCCACCACCCUUUGUACAUGGUAACAGAUCCUCCGCCUGGCUCUACAAUACAAUGGCAGAGGAGUGGUCAGCAUGGUUACCAGAGCAAGCUUUGAUCACUUUAAGAUAUGGAGGAUUCUACACAGUGGAGAUUCAGCCUGGUCUGAGAGUGGUGUCCCUCAACAUGAACUUUUGUGCCCGAGAGAAUUUCUGGCUGAUGGUGAACUCUACUGACCCUGCUAACCAGCUGCAGUGGCUAGUUCAUGUACUCCAGGCCAGUGAGGACAAGGGAGAGAAGGUACAUAUUAUUGGUCACAUCCCACCUGGCCUGUGUCUUGGAAGCUGGAGCUGGAACUACUAUCACAUUGUCAGCAGAUAUGAAAGUACAAUUACGGGACAGUUUUUUGGCCAUACACAUCUGGAUGAAUUCCAAAUGUUUUACGAUGAGAUGACGCUGACCCGCCCAUUGGGAGUGGCAUUCAUUGCUCCCAGUGCCACUACUUAUGUUAAUCUUAACCCAGGAUACCGUGUCUACUAUGUUGAUGGGAAUUACAAAGGUAGCUCUCAUCUUGUGCUUGAUCAUGAAACCUACAUCCUCAACCUCACAAAGGCAAACCACAGUCCAGGUGCGCCAUUCAACCCAGAACCAAACCCGAAAUGGACACUGCUGUACCGCGCCACUGAGGCCUAUGGUCUUUCCAGUCUGUUCCCUUCUGAUUUCAAUGGGCUGAUUCGGACCUUUAUUAAUGAUGACCGAGUUUUCCAAAAGUUCUGGUACUUCAGACAUAAAGGACAUGUGUCGGAGCCCUGCAAGGAGACCUGCAAAACCACAGUGCUUUGCUUUCUGCGAAGCGGGCGCUAUGAUGAGCUGGAGCAGUGCGACCUCCUCAAUGGUUUUGGAGGAAACUUGGUUAAGGCUGCCAGAAAAACUCUUUGUUGAUCUGAGGAAGUUUGGACUGAAUGAUUGGAUAGGGAAAAAGCAAUAGGACCAAAAACGAAAUUGAGCCAGAAAAAGUUAAUUCUUCCUGUUGCUGGUGGGUCAACAAGGAUUGUUGUAUGUUUGUCAUUUAUUACUGUAACAGUUUAUGUAGAUUUUGUAAAACCUGAGGGUGAGUCUGAAGAGUUCUGAGUUAUGCCUUGUGUUGCCAGUAAUGUUUUUACAAAAACAUUUCACUUAUUGUGCUUGGCAACAGGGCUUUGGGUUGCCUGUUGUUGUUUAGCAAUGCCAAUUGUGUUAAAGCUGCUUUGAAAGUGUCCAGUAUGAUGUUCUGUUAAAUGCUUGAAAUGCACAAAAUAGCAGGGGUUAAGUGCUUUGUUCAAGAUUGUCAUGAUUUUGUAGUGAGUGCCUUGUGUCAGGGAGGAUGGGUUUCAUAAAAUUUGGAUGCUUUCGUCAGAUUUUCUCCACACAGGAAAUUUCAUCAAAUCCUUUCUUGGGACAUAGUCAUGACUUCGAAAGCAAACUUUCCACUAUCUGACUUUUUUUUUUUUUUACCUGUCCCACAAUGCAAUGUUCAUAGGAUUUGAAGAUUUGUAAAACCAUUCAGUAGGCCACUGACUUUAUUAUUUGAGGACUGAGUUUUGCUAAGAUGUUUUGCAGCAUACAGGAUCUAAACUCCAAAAAUUUUGACAGUCCUCUGUGGGCACUGUUGUGGAGAUUUCAGUCAGGUUCUACCUUAGUAUCUACCUUAAUGCGUGACACCAUCUGCCUCAGCAAAGAAGUCUUCAAACCUAAAAGAGGAUCAGUAUUUCUCACUGAGGUUUACUUCUGUCUGCACUUUAAUUCUUUUGUUGGCUAGUUAACUUCUAGGUUUAAUAGAGAACAAUUUUGAUUGACCCAAAGUGUGACAAGCUUGGGAAGAAUUUCAGAUCUUGAUCUAAAUGUGACCUGUGGUGUAACAUGAGCAUGACAAGAAAUGCAACUUGUAAAUUGAGCAAUAAUUUAAAGAGAUUGUAUAAAUUAUGAGUAAAAGAUGAAAUCUGAUACACUUCUCCACUUAUUUGUUGUGAAGGAAAAAAUACUGAUUACAAAUUAAAGGGUUGUUUAUUUUUUAGCAAUACAUUGGUUAAAAUUUUUCAAAAGUAAAAGCAA